AUGGGGUCCAUAAUGAAAAUGUUCAAAACUAACAAGAAACAUAGUAAUAAGGAAAAUGUGCCGUCGGUAACAUUCAACACAAACUCUCUUAAAAGCAAAAAGGAGCAACUAAGCGAUCAUGUGUAUGCUGGAGACUCGAAAAAAAUUGAUUUACGAUUGAAAAGCCCUUACGCGGUUGUGACAGAGCCGAAAAAGACGCGCGGACCGCGCUCGUGUCCCGGGGCCCCAAUGGACGACUACAACAACAUGUCGACAAUGUUGGCGGAUAAGAAAAAUUUAAUGAGAAUUGAUGAAAAUACCAAUUCUUUGAAACAGAAAAAGCGAGUCAAAGAUGAUUCGGCACUAAUCGAAAAAUCAAGAAAAUCUGAAUAUAUAAACGGCAGAAUUGAUCCAGAGGUGAUGGCAUACCGUAAUAUGAUGGCCCGUCAGCAUUAUGACAUGAAUUCCUACGAAUCUGAUGACGACGAGGUCUAUGAAGCUCGACUUCGAUUGAUGGAGGAAAAAAAUGCGCGUCUUGAAAAUAAAGUGCAACGAAUGCACCGACGAAUGAAUGAGGAGCGUUCAACGAUGACACGUCAAAUUGAAAUGCUUCAAGAGGAGAAUUAUCGCUUAAAGAAAACCCACGACCGAAUGCACCGGCAGUAUACACAAAUGAAGGCGCAAAUUGAAUUCGACAGAAAGCAGAAGAGUGAUCUUCUCAAAAUGCUUCACGACGCAAACAGCAAAAUUGAGAUGCUUGAAGCCGGUUGUGACGAGAAUGUGAAUGACGAGAGCGUGAACACCAGCUCGCUUUUGUGCCCCUACAAUGGAGCUGAGAUGGAACGGAGCUCCGAAGGCGCCGGAGAGGCUCUAUGCUUUCCGGAAAUGAUGAAUACACAGGGAUUCGGUGUGUUUCAAUCGAUGACCCAAUCAUUGGUGAUCAAUUCAAUGCCGCCGAACUCGAUGAAAGAUGAUAUGGACACACAGGACGAGGUGCGCAUUUUUAGAAAAAGCGAGGGCACCAGCAGCCCAGUGGAAUUGACUCGUCGCGAACCAUCGCCGCCAUUCAUCAUCGAGCCGAAAGCGUUGAAGAAGCGCGCGCCGACGAAUAGCGGCGCGAUGACGAGAUCGCAUUCGGACACUGAUUUGUUCAAAGCGCACGACGUUGUUGAAUUGGCGCCCGAUGAGGUUUUGCGCGACACCACUGACGAUGAAGAAGAGCACGUUCGACCGAUGCCCUACACAAGAAAAUCGUCAUGGAUUAAGAAGAACUCGAUGAUGGAUGAUGAUUUGACCUCGUCCGGAUCGGAAGAGGAACGCCUUGGUCUUAUUGAGCGGCAGCUGAGAAAGCGUGGAGAGGUCGUGAAAUUCAAUCCGCCUCGAAGAACUGUGCAGUCGAAGCACUUUAAAAGAUUCGGCAAAAUGGAGCGUUCUGCUCUCGCCGAAUUCGAAUAUCUUCAAGAUAUGUCGACGGAUGUUUCUGGCAUGAUGUCAAGUCCAGAAGUCAAUCAAAUUGCGGCAUUCCAAGCGCAACAAUUGUAA